CUUUUAGGUGGCAGUAGAAUCUCUGUUGAUGAACUCAAAGAAUUUGCUGCAAGACAGCAACAAGAGAUCAUAACCAAGGAAAGAGAACUUAAGACAAAGCAAAUACAACUUUUGGAAAUGAAGCGAAAGUCACAAAAAAGACCCCAGAACCCCUACCUCCAGCAGUUAACGGCCAAAGCAGAUGAACAAGGCGAGAAACUCACAGCAUUACGGAAAGUACAAGAUCAGGUCGAUUCUUACAAACUCAGCAAUAGUGCUUUGGGUAUGUCGGAAAAGAUUCUUCAACGCUGACAUGCUUGUAUUGUCUGAUUUACUGUGCCAACAGGGCAUGAAAAAAUCUUGAAUCCCAUCUUGUCUUUUGUACAAGCAGCUCUCACAUUGUUGCUUGCCCGUGGUCAUUACUCUCUUGCCUUAGCUAACAGAGAGCUUUAGAUUUGAGGACCAGAACAAAUACGAGUACGAAAUUAAACUUAAAGUUUUUGCGCGUGUUCUCAAAAACAAAAAACACCCCGGAAAGCUUCAUUUUACUUUUUUUCACCAAAAAUGUUAGUACGGUUAUUUACACUGAAGGAGGUUAACCCCUCUCCCGAUAAAUUAUAAAACUUCAUACAUUUGAUAACUUGUUCCCGCCACUACGACAUUCUCGCUAAAGCUCGUAGUAGAAUGACGACGGCUGUCAAGUUUUCCCGCCAAAUGACGCUGGUUCACGCGUGAGCAAAUACUCAGUACUCGUAGUCGUCCUCGCCUCAGAAUCUAAAGCUUUCUAAUGAUUGAGUUAAUAGAUGACUUGCAUUGACCAUUGCCCAUUGGGCAAGUAACGUGAAAAAUUUACUUGCCCAAAAAGAAAAUCUACUGUCCCUGGCGACCGGACAGAAAAUUAGUUUUAGCUUUUGAGGAUCUGUUGGCGAGAUCUUCCAAUGAAGCCUCUCUUGCAUCCUUUCGGCCCCGUUCUCGAACCUCCAGCAAGCUAGAAACGUUACUUGAAGUUGAAGAGGAAAUCUCAGAUGGUCACGCAAGUAGCAAGUCUUCGACUGAGGAUCUUACUGAGGGGCCUGGGCCGCCAAGUGUGUCACGCGUGACCGCGCUCAAGUCACGCUUCGAGGCGAACGCCGUUGAAAACCGUGGAGAGCAUCGUAGGGCAGCCGAUAGGCUAUUAAAUGGACAGACUAAUUUUACGAAAGACAAUUUUACACCUGGGAAGAUUUUAAAUAACUCCCCGCGGCGCGUGGACCCGGAAGGAGUCGAGACACCCGAAUCACCUUCCCCUGAAAGACCUGGAUAUGAUAACUAUGUAAAGGAGUUCUUGAGUAAUUCGCGCUUUGAAACGAAGCCAUAUGACAAAGAUUCAAAGACCAAACGCGAUAAUCGCCAACAGAGCUCGACUGUAGCUACGCAUUCAUUAGAUAUGAAACACAUUUCAAUUGAACCCGAUUUUCAAUCUGAAACGCCAUCGCUGAAUUCAGGGCGGACCACGCCCAGUGACGAGGGAGACAACUCCGGGCUAAGCUCACCAUCGUCGCUCUCCUCCUUCUCGUCCGCCUCUUCCAAUUCAGCUUCUCCUAAGGCCGCCAUGUUUGCACUUACUGGCGUUGUAAAGAAAGCCGAGAAAUCUACAGACGCUCACGGGCUAGUGAAAUACGAAAACGCGAACUUGGAUGGCCGUGCUUUGCCUUUAGAAGAUUGUCAAGAACCUCACAAAGCUAAAAAUCUGGAGCCGUUACAAGUCGGGCCCACAGAGGGUAGUCGCGAAGGUUUAGAUGCGAGAGGCGCAUUAGGCAGCGAGUUAUUUCCUCUUCAUCAAGUUAAGACAGAAGGGUUACCCACCAGAAACGAAAAUGUGGAUUCUAUUGUACGGCCAACGGUGCUGGAUUUCUCAAGAGCUCGGACCAAAUUUAAACAUGACGGCAAAACAGGUAAAUCACAUGAUGUAACCAGAAGUAACCAUGGUGAUAAUAGUGAUGAUGGUUGUCAAAGUAAUUAUGUAAAGGAACCUACCUCGAAGCACGUAACACCAAUAAAGGAUACGGUUAAGACUGGCAAGAUACAGUUAUCUAGACUUCGGUAUCAGAAUGUUUCUGCAGAUCAAUUAAACCAGGACAUUAUUGGGGUAUCACCAACACCCAUUGGGCAAGUAACGUGAAAAAUUUACUUGCCCAAAAAGAAAAUCUACUGUCCCUGGCGACCGGACAGAAAAUUAGUUUUAGCUUUUGAGGAUCUGUUGGCGAGAUCUUCCAAUGAAGCCUCUCUUGCAGUAGUUUCAUGUGACGCGAUUUUCUGUUUUUAUAAGGGAACAGUUCCUCGUAAUGCGACAAGUGAAGAUUUAAACCCACGUUUUUGUUUACCUACAUAAAGAUUAUUUAAGACUUGCAUUUAAGACAAGCGAAAUUUUGUCAAGGUUCGACUCUGGGCGAUAACCCUUAGUUCCAUAGUCCGUGACUUUACUUCGAGAUGAGAACAUUUUGCUUAAUCAAACGUCCGUUUUUGUUUGCCAGUUCUCAGCCUCUUCAGCAGAGACUAAAUCAAGACAGUCACUUUGGCUAAUCAAUAUAUUAGCAAACCAUAACUAAUCAGAGCUCGCCGCAGUUAUGUGUAGACGCCUCAAAGCCCAGGAAAUACGCCCAAGAGGAGUGUGGUUUCGAUUGGGGAAAAAACCAGAUGGCGCGAGAUUUAUCAACCAAUCAGAAAGAGUAAUGAUGUAAAACCAUAGCAACUUUUGUCACUCUUUUAAUUUAAAACUCUAACCGUGAUGUUUUGUUGUGUUUUGUUUUUUUCUUCUUGCUUUAGCUGAGGAACUGGAAAGUGUACGUUCCCUUUUCAUGGAAAAAGAAAAAGAACUAGCCAUUGCCGUUGCCAAGGUAGAAAGUCUUACACAACAGCUUGAUAAGCAAAGACAAGGAUGGUCUCAAACUUCACCCAGCCGAGAGAAAACGCAUCAACAGUUGGAGUUGGAAAGACUUAGGAAAGAACUUAUGGUGAGAACGCGUGACAGUUGAACUUUUUGAGACAACAGUAACGCAAGUAUUAUAGGCUUGAGGGAGAAGGCGUGACACUUGAACUCUUAAGACAACAGUAACGCAAGUAUUAUAGGCUUGAGGAGGUAGCUAUAUUUACUAAAUUACGUUCUCGCCUCCGUUGGACAUAGCAGCGUGCGAAAAAGCGUCCACUUAGGCCUCGUCCACACGAAUCUGGGUAUUUUUUUACACGAAUCAGCCUUCCGUCUACACGAACCCAGUGGAUAAACCCACCGAAACCGCAUCUUUUUUAAAACCGCUCUCCAGGGUGGUUACAGGCCCUUUUGUGGCUGUCCGCUUCGCGGCUUGCUCUCUCUUUCCCGACGAAAAAUUUCAAGAAAAACCUCUGGGACAAGUGUAGGUCCACACGGAUCCGGGUAAAAAAAUAUGCGGUUUCAAAAAUCCCCGGAUUAGUGUGGACGAGGCUUUAGUUUCUGUUUUAUCCACGUGAACGCACCAAUGACAGUCAGAGUCUUCAUAAUCAAUAGCGUCAGCGUCACGGCUUAACUAACAGACAACCAAUCAGGUCAAUAAGCAGAGUUUAAUACUAUCAACUUCAAAGAUACAACUCACUUUGACUUAGAAGAUGACUACCGCACAGGUUGUUGAAACGUCAGUCGCUGUCAGCAAUAGUCCUAUUCAGGACUACGAUCAUCCGGACGAUCAAGGUCGACCUACUUAUCGCACAAACUUCUGUGAGUCAUUUUUACUGUUGCUUAUGCUUUAUUUUAUCUUAAUCGGGUAGUUUUUUCUCUUCAUUUGUAGACCCGGAAUGAGUUGAAUCACCAACAAAGCGUUCAGAUCCAGGCACAAAAACAACUUCUGGCCGAAAAGCACAAGGAACUGUUCGAGCUCGAUGCUCAAAUUGACCAUUACACGGAAGAGUUGAGGCAGAAAAAGUCGCGAAACAAUUUCAUUAACCAUAACCAUGACAAAAGCUCCUCCUUACCAUCCCCUCCAGGGGAGUUGGACUUCGUGGAAAUGGAUUAUAGUCACCUUCCUAACUUUGCGAAAAGGACGAACAAAAGUGACGCUGUGGAUUCCAACGCAAGUGCCCCAGUCGUGUCUAGCUCCUUUCGGCCCCGUUCUCGAACCUCCAGCAAGCUAGAAACGUUACUUGAAGUUGAAGAGGAAAUCUCAGAUGGUCACGCAAGUAGCAAGUCUUCGACUGAGGAUCUUACUGAGGGGCCUGGGCCGCCAAGUGUGUCACGCGUGACCGCGCUCAAGUCACGCUUCGAGGCGAACGCCGUUGAAAACCGUGGAGAGCAUCGUAGGGCAGCCGAUAGGCUAUUAAAUGGACAGACUAAUUUUACGAAAGACAAUUUUACACCUGGGAAGAUUUUAAAUAACUCCCCGCGGCGCGUGGACCCGGAAGGAGUCGAGACACCCGAAUCACCUUCCCCUGAAAGACCUGGAUAUGAUAACUAUGUAAAGGAGUUCUUGAGUAAUUCGCGCUUUGAAACGAAGCCAUAUGACAAAGAUUCAAAGACCAAACGCGAUAAUCGCCAACAGAGCUCGACUGUAGCUACGCAUUCAUUAGAUAUGAAAAACAUUUCAAGUGAACUCGAUUUUCAAUCUGAAACGCCAUCGCUGAAUUCAGGGCGGACCACGCCCAGUGACGAGGGAGACACAUCCGGGCUAAGCUCACCAUCAUCGCUCUCCUCCUUCUCGUCCGCCUCUUCCAAUUCCGCUUCUCCUAAGGCCGCCAUGUUUGCACUUACCGGCGUUGUAAAGAAAGCCGAGAAAUCUACAGACGCUCACGGGCUAGUGAAAUACGAAAACGCGAACUUGGAUGGCCGUGCGUCGCCUUUAGAAGAUUGUCAAGAACCUCACAAAGCUGAAAAUCUGGAGUCGUUACAAGUCGGGCCCUCAGAGGGUAGUCGCGAAGGUUUAGAUGCGAGAGGCACAUCAGGCAGCGAGUUACUUCCUCUUCAUCAAGUUAAGACAGACGGGUUACCCACCAGAAACGAAAAUGUGGAUUCUAUUGUACAGCCAACGGUGCUGGAUUUCUCAAGAGCUCGGACCAAAUUUAAACAUGACGGCAAAACAGGUAAAUUUCGUGAUGUAACCAGAAGUAACCAUGGUGAUAAUAGUGAUGAUGGUUGUCAAAGUAAUUAUGUGAAAGAACCUACCUCGAAGCACGUAACACCAAUAAAGGAUACGGUUAAGACUGGCAAGAUACAGUUAUCUAGACUUCGGUAUCAGAAUGUUUCUGCAGAUCAAUUAAACCAGGACAUUAUUGGGGUAUCACCAACCAUGUUGAAAAGAGACGAUGAAGAUCAAUCCGCGAAAGAGCACUGUAAAACUGAGUCUUUAUUGAACGGUGACAGAAAGGAAACUUACAUAAAUACCAACGCAUCGAGAUUGUCACAAGAUGCUUCUGGCACAAUUGGUUCUCUUCAGAAGAACGAACUUAGCGCAUCUACUUCAAAGUUACCGCAGCCUGUUAGCGCGCCAAGCUUUAUUCAGAAAAAAGAAGUGGUGACUUUGUCUGGUCCUGGUUCAUCAAAUGUAACAGUACCAUUGAGACACACAAAGAAAGGCGCUGUGUUUUCAAUAGAGAACAAGAUGCGAAAAGCUGAACAGAAUAUACGUCCAUCGAGGCUGCCAGCAAAAUGCGUUGUUCAGACAGGUGAAGAAGUGAUAUUCUCAUCUAGUGAGGGAUCCCAAAAUAUGAUAACGACGUCUGGGGAGUCAAAACGUAAGGCUCAGUUUUCCUCCAAGAAUAACCUGCUGAAAGAUGAACAAAACACUUCUUCGCCGAGAUUGCCGCGUAAUUCUGGUAGCACAAAUAGUCCUACCCAAACAGGAGACGUUUUAUUUUCUUCUAGUUUGCCUUCAGUGGAUUUGACCACACCUAUUGGAGAGUCAAGGGAAAAGAUAGAACUUACAGUGCAGGACAACAUGGAAAAAACUGAAAUGAACCCGUCUGAAUCGAAUGUGCUAUUUUAUUCUCCUAGUAUGGACGGUUUUAUUCCGAACGGAGAGGAAGUAGUGUCCUCUGCAAGGUCCACACCGUCAAAUGCAGAUAAAUUACUUCACAGGCUCGGAGACGAAAAAGACGAGACCGAUAACGUAAAGGUCCCUGAUAAAGAUACUCAUGUUAAGCCUAGUUUUGGUCAAUCACAGCUUGUUCCUUUGACUUUAAAACCGAUAUCCUAUCGAGCAAAGAAACUAGCUGCCGAGCAGCAAGGUGAUGUCACUGCGGCUAAUCAAUCCCACCUCGUUCCGGUCAUGUCCAACUCGGUGUCCGUUCGUGGCCAAUCUUCUCUCACAAGGAUAACAGUUACCCCAUCUGCCUCGUUUUUCUCUUCGAAAGCCACGGAUGUUCCCGAGAUGCGUUCGCCAGUUCCGACGAGCAAACGACCAGCUUUUAUGAACCGAGACACUGGUCCUAGUUAUCCCGAAGUUAAAGAGUUGCCGAUGAGCAACGGUCCCGAUAAGGAGAUCGAUCAGGUCAAUAACGGUGAAAAAGAAAUUGCAGCUUCAAACGGCUGGAUAGACAAUGAUAAAACAGAUCUUUGUUCCGAGGAAACGAGCAAAACUCAUCAUGGGCAAAAACCAAGAAAUCUUGCAUGGUCUAACGAUGUGAAACAAGUUGUUUCAUCCUUGAACAUACGGCUUUCAAGCCGAAGUCUUAGAGCUGCGGAGACAAAAGAGGAGGCAACACGUUCACAGCAAAGUAGCGAAUCGAUCGCCAAAUCAUCCGGACUGUUAAAUACUGCAUCGAACGUUGUCAAUCCCAGAAAAAUGAACCCCAGUAGCGGCUGGCUUGGUUCCGAAAAUGAUCGAGUAAAUGUUGAAAAUGGGAGGCCGUUAUCUGGAAAUGGCGGGUUAAAUUCCGAAAGCGAUCGACCGCGCUUGGUAACGGACAAUCUGAAUUCGGGAAGUGGCAAAUCGUUAAAAAUCGAAGCUUAUUCCAGGACGGUGUUAAAUAAAAACACCGAUAAGGUGAAGGCUAGGCAAGUUAGGUUGGUGCAAAAUCAAGCUGCAGAUGAAAACAAAGCCUCGACUGUUCAGAAGGAAAAGGCUGCAUUAAAGAGUUCGUUCAUAUUGGGUGAAAAAAGCAAUGGUGUUGAACCCGUGGAAGGAAUUCUUGUGGACAAUGACUCGGAAAUAAGAGGGAAAACAGAAGAGGUUUUAACAAAAAAAUAUUCGCCAGGAAAGGCAGCAGACGAUGCAGAAGCCAAUAGUUCGGGUGGGAGAGAUGCAGUUGCGUAUUUGAGGCAGGCAAUCAAAUCUGUGUCAGACCAGCUUCCUAGUGAUAGUAUGUUAAAACCUGCAGUUUUAAACAAAGAUACCGGUUUAGCACCUAUCAGUCAGUCAAGUUAUCCCCCCAUAUCAGACCAGCCACCAGACAUAAACCCGUUGGUAUCAAAGACAACUGAAGACACUGCACCAAGGUACGAAGUAUUCUCCAAGGAAAGCGAAUCUGUAAAAGAAUUCUCUGAGGAGAAUCAAGGGAAUUUGCAAAAGGCGGAUAGAAAAAAGAAGGCGCGGCACGUCAGCCUCGAUCCACAUGCAGUGCUUUUAGAUGCGGCGGUUGAGGGGGAGCUGGAACUAGUCAAGCAAAUUGUUGAAGGGGUGAGGAAUUUACUUUGUGUCAAAAUUGGUUGUGAAGUAACUGAGGAAACUAAAAAGCACUAUUUCUAUUUUUUCAGUUUGACGAAACCAUGCUAACUAGCUUCCCACUGAUCGAAUAUUGUUAGGACUUAAUGAAUAGACGCUCCUUCAGAGCCAUUACUUAAAACCUCACCAGCCCUUUCACUGGGUAGAUGCUCCUUUGCCGGAUAGUAAUUCCCCCCUUCCCCAAGACUAGACAUCCCGGUGGGGGCUUCCUCUUCCUUCUGUCGACCCACCGCUUCAUUUUCUCCGGGGGAAUGCUCAGGCACAUCCUCCCGGUAAGUUCCAUUACAGCCCUUCUAGACUAUGCCAGGAAUUUGUUGCUUAUUUCUCUCCAUCCUCGUUGCCUGACAAUUCUAGAACACUUUAGCAUUCGUUGGUAAUUUCUCCCCGCCAUUGUUACCCUGCAAGCGAGCCCUCCAUUUGAAGUGGUGAGCGAAGCAAGCCGAGAACGGACGCACUCCUCGUCCUAGCGUCUCUUUUCGCGUGCUGCUCGCUGCUUGCGCGUGACUUUUGUGUUAUUUUCCAAAUAGAGAGCUUGCUGGCGGAUUAAGCCACUGUCCCCACCACUUCUUGCAGUUCUAAGAAGUCCUUGUUACGUUCUGUUUAUUUACAAAGGUGGAUGACCCCAGUAAGCCCAACAGCGACGGAAUAACAGCUCUGCACAAUGCUGUCUGCGCAGGUCACGACCAAGUGGUGAAAUUUCUCGUGCAAUACGGUUGUGAUAUCAACUCUCAGGAUUCACAUGGGUGGUAUGUGAAAGCUUAACUCUUUAGCUCGGAAUGGUCACACUUUAGGAUUUCACCCACAGACUCAAAAGUUGGAACCACCUUGUACAGGAUGAUAAACAGUUCCAUAGAAAAGUACUGCUCAGUAGCUUUCAUUUGAAUGGUCACACCAUAGGAUUUCAUCCCCAGACUCAAAUGUUAGAACCACCUUGUAGAGCAUAAUAAAUAGUACCAUAGGAUGGUACAGUAACCUCAAUUUGGGCAUGAAAUGGUGUUUCUUUUCAAAUGCAUCGAUACACUCAAAAUUUAGAACCAAACUUCGGCGUACUGCUCAGUAACUUUCAUGUAAAUAGUAAUGCCACAGGAUUUCAUUCACGGACCAAAAACGUUAGAACAACAUGGCUGGCAUAAUUGUCUCUGGGAGGGAAUUAGCUGAGUAUCAGGCAUUUCUGGGGGAAGGGGCAAAGAGAGGAGCGAAAAGGAGACAGAGCAACCCUUCCCUUCCCCCUACCCUCUAAAAUCUCCUCUUCCCUAUCCCCUAAGGAAGGCCUGAUACUCAAAGUAUUAACAAGUUAAGUUUCUGGGAAAAUGUCCAUCUACCCCUCCCCUAUAGCAACAUUUUACCUUAAGUGAGAAGUGAGUGUUAAUGUUGGCUUGGGGUAGGGGUAGGUAGUAGGCAGUUUUCCGGAAACCUAAAUUGAUCCCCCUUUUUUACCCGCAGGACCGCUCUGCACUGCGCAGCCGCAAAUAAUGCUACAGACAUUGUGCGCUUCCUUGUUGAACAUGGAGCCUGUAUUCUAGCCGUCACCUCGCUGGAAAAGAAAACACCUCUUCAGUGUUGUGAGCGUGGUCAGCCGGGGUACUUAAACUGCAUUUCAUACUUGAACGGUAAGCAUGAUAGAGUAUUGUGUUCAGCUAUGUUGACGUGGGUUUUCAACGUUUGACUGGGACCAGUCAGGGAAAACCCAGUGGCGGAUCCAGGGAAGGGGCCCAGGGGGCCCGGUACCCCCCUCCUCCCGCCUUAUUUUUACACCAAACUGAGGCCCGAAGAGCCAAAUACUUGACAUGCCAAAGUUUGAAGUUUCAAGAUUUAACCGGCAAAAUAUUGAAAUUUCAAGAUAUGAGAUGUAGAAAAUUGAUCUUUCAAGAUUUCAAUCUUACACAUACCUUAUUUCUUGAACCACCGACUUACGUAAGGUCAUCCAAUUCUACUUUCUCGUUCAUUCCAGAGCGGGGAUGAAGUGACGGAUCUUAUUGUUUAAGAACGCCCUUAUUUGAGGCUACAAUGUUUGACGUACUUUCCAAAUCAUUCUUUCUGUCUUAUCCAGAUCUGCAAGAAAACUUUGGUAUCAAUAACAACGGUCGCGUUCGUGCGCUGUAUUCGUACGCAGCUGACGAGCAAGAUGAAUUAAGCUUUGAGUGCGGUGAAGAACUAAUGGUACUGAAACGAGGAGACGCGACCGAGAGGGAAUGGUGGUGGGCCGAGAAUAUGACGGGAGAGACUGGGUACAUACCAAGAAAUCUGCUUGGGGUACGUAAUAUUAAUUUAAACGCAUUAAUAAGGAGCUUAAGCAACGGCGACGGCAACGAGAACGACAAAAAAGCAAUAGGUUUAGAUUAG